AUGGCUGCGCCAUCAGAAAUCACCGUCCGCGACCUCAGUGGGAGAUGGGAUUCGAACUCGGAGCUUUCCGACGAUGCCAAACCCAUCAUGGAGCUCCAAGGUGUGCCUUGGAUCGUUCGAAGCAUGCUUGCCAACACGUCGAUCUCCGUCACUCUCAGACAGUCCACAGACGAGGCCGGCGUGAUCAAAGUUGAUUCGAUCCAAACCUCAAUGGGUCAGGUUGUUGAGGAGACGAGGGUUCUUGAUUGGGAGCCCCGGGACCAACCCCAUCUGAUCUUUGGAAACAUGACCGUUCGGUCGCGAUUCAGCGAGCCAAAGGAUCUGGAGGUUGUAUUGCGAGACCGUGCUGGGUCUGGUGGAUGCGACUGGGAGGGGGAGGUUAUUGAGAUUGAAGUCAAGACAGUAGGCUGGAAGAGCAUUACGAUCUGGGGCUUCAUGACUAUUGAUGGAACCAGGAGAUAUGUUCGACGAUCAGUGGCGAGGAAAGACGAGGAGGAGAGGGUUGUGCAAUUGGUCUAUGAUUGGGCUGGUCCCAAUGAGUCCUAA